AGAGAUCCACAGUGAAUGCAUUUGAAAGUAAAUCUCUCACUCACUCUUUCUCCCAGGUCACUGAAGAGCAGGAGACCACCACCUCAGCUGCACCAUCCAACCUCCCCACCCCGAAGGAAGGAGGUGAUCCAGAUCCCUGGAGCGAAAGAGCAGAUUGUGUUGCCAACUCAUGCGAUAGGAGCAGAGGAGGAAAAAGAGACUGCGGGCCCAGCAUCCUUCUCUUGGUCAGCUGGAACAGGAAAGGGCAACUUGAUGAGGCGCAUAAUCCUGCCAGAAUCUAUGGAGUUAUACCUGAAGCGUUUUCGGGACUUCCACACCAGCACCCAGGCCACCCCGAAAAUGAUUGAGGCUGCUAAAUCACGGGUGAGCCGCGUGAAGGCCUUCCUUCACUACAUGUCGCAGGGCCAACACAAAAUCAGCGACUGGACCUUCCUCCACAAUGUGGAAAGGAUCAAUAAAUGGGUGUCCGAGAUGGGGCAGAGCGGGAAGGAAAUUACCACUUUGCGCUUUUACAUUCACCACGCAUUUCAAUUCAUGGAGUACAUGGUGAAUUGCCGCCCCCAGCAAUGCCGCCUGACCCGGGAUCAGACGAAAGAGAUCCUUCUGUAUUUGGAAAAGGCCCGCAAGGACACCGGCAGGCCUAUCAUGGCACACCAGAGCAGAGUGAAGCGGGCAAAAAUGGCCAGGAUCCCCGAAUUAGCCACCAUCCUCAAGUGCCUCCAGAUGGCUCCUGAGAGGGUGGAGAAGCUGCUGGACGAGGUGGAGGUGGACAUCUCCCGCACGGCUGCCCGCUACGUCCUCUACGGAUACAUGUGUGCGUACUGGGCGUGCAUGACCGGCCACCGUCCCAGUGUUUUUACCAAUAUGAGGGAGUCCGACAUAGCCACGGCCGAGCUGGAGGGAUCUGAGGAGGGGGUCCAGAUCCGUGUUGCAGAGCACAAGACCACGCUGCAGUUCGGGGAGGCCAGUCUGGUGCUGACAAGGGCAGAGUUCUCUUGGAUUAAACGGCUGCAUAGCGUCAAGGAGAGAGUGGACUCCAGUAAUCCCUAUGUGCUCUUCACGCUGGGUCAGCAGCCGUUUAAACACAUAAAUCGGUACCUGAGGCUGGCGUGGAAGAAGAUGGACCUGAAAGGGGACAUCAACUUUACGUUGAUCAGGACCGCCCUGGCAGACUGCGCCAAAGCCAAUCUGCCGGCUGCCACGAGGGAGCAGGUGAGCACGUCCAUGUGCCACGACACCAGGACGGCUGACCGCUUCUACACCCAAAACCUCACCCUGAAACAGGGGCUCCAGCUUAGGCAAGUAAUGACUGGCAUGCUGCAGUCACCGGGGGCGAGGGGAUCUACUCAGGACACACAGAAAGCCCCAUCAAAAGGCAAAGCCCCAUCAAAAGGCAAAGCCCCAUCAAAAGGCAAAGCCCCAUCAAAAGCAGGGGUCAAAGCAUCGGCCGAGGAGAGGAGCAGCAGCAGCAGCAGCGAUGACUCUGAGUCGGAGGAUGAGACGCCCGUCCCUUAUCAGGAGUCUGGGGACUCCUCCUCCUCCUCCUCCUCCUCCUCCUCUCUAGACUCUGCAGAGAAGGCCCAGAGACAGCUGAGUGUGAAGCGUUUGUCACCCAGCAAGAGGCAGCCGGCCUCUUACACGAGGAGCUCAUCAAUAACAGUGAAAAUAAAUCCGCUGAAGAGAGCAACAGUGAGGCUCCUGCGUUCAAAGCUGGCGUCUGAUAGGGUCAAGCGGGCCCUCAAAAUAUAGUUUGUAUUUAAGGUAGUGUAGUGUUUGUUUGGCAUUGUUUGAGAAUGUUUGGUUUUUUACUUGUUCUGUGUGCUGUUUUUGACCAGUUCUAUUAAAAUGUUGACAUUGUUUUUU